AUGCAGGUGACGUCCCUUCCAAAUGUCUCUCUUCUCCCCCACUCCCAUGCAGACUCUACUGGGGGAUUUGUACCAGUUUUAUUAUCCACUCAUUUGCAAAUUCACUUCGACUUACUCGAGAUGUACAUUGAACCAUCGUUUACCUCUCAAGUCGCCAUUAUUGUGUGGCUCACACUCACGGCGGACGGUGCCUGCCAAAUCGCCAAUCUGGGUGACGUCAGAAGUGAUGGCUUCUACGAGGACAUUGAGUGGUCGAAUGCCCGUGAAGUGCAUGCUUUCACAUGCAAGUAA